UCUGAAUGAAUAUCCUCCAGGUUGGUGACUCUUAAGUUCCAGACACGGCAUUCCCAUAAACAUUCGCCAAGACCCACCUUAAUGGUGUGCUCUAUCUAGCCUCCAUGCUACGAAGAAAGCCCAUCCGAUAUCGCUUGCUUUACACAAGACUUCUUUUGUUGCACAUAUGUAUCCAGACCACCGGAAGUACUCCAUGCCUCUCAGCUACUCACCACCAUCUAGAUUCUAGUCCAUCGUCGCCGAUUCAUCAUAUCAUAUCUGCCAGGACGCCCCUCUGCCCCCCCUCCCCCAGAUCAACCUCUCACUGUCUGCCAGGUAUCUCGAUGGACACGCCAAAUGAAUAGAAUACUUUCGUGGUAUUCUGGCCGUCAUACACCCGAUCGAGUUUCAGAUCAAGACUGGACUUGCAAACCUGAACGGAGCGGGAAAAACAAC